GAGGGUAUCAAGAGGUCGCUGAGCAGUGUGGGACGGUGGCGGACUGUGUUAAUGUCUGCCUACUCAUUGGUAAGGUGCGUGUCCCCUGUGUCCGCUUCGGUCGCCCGUUUAGGAAUGCACCCUAUGGCACAGGCGCUUGAGUAAAUCGUGAGGAAGGCGCGUGAGGAACGAACUCGUUAUUUUCGGCGCUCGCGCUGUCAUUUUCACCCGUCGGCUGACAAACGUCGGAGCUUGCGCCGUAAUUGUCGAUGCAUUGAUAGCUAGCUAGCCAGCUAGUUAGCAGGAGAACUAGCCCAUUCUGAGGCUAGCCAGCUUUCAUCACCGAGCGCUCAAUAAGUUCAGCUUCUCCAACCGGACCGCCUGCUGUCUGCGGAUCUAUUCUGGUGUAUUAGCGAAGUACUCGAUCAGCAGAAAGGGUGCGCCGAGGGGGGCAGAGGGAGAGCACGACGGAGGCGCGGUGAGCCAGGAGCGGCCGAUGAGUUCAGACCAGGGCGGAGAGCCGCAGCUGCAGGAGGAGGCUGAGCCGGGACCCAAAACCCGUGGGGAGGACGAGAUCGCACCCGGGACCGGGGGAGACUCAGGCGUCAUGGUCACUGCUAAAGGAGCUGGUCUGAACCCUAAUGCCAAGGUGUGGCAGGAGAUUCCUGCGACACAAACUGAAGCUCCUGUUGAUGGCACUGUGGCCUCCCCCUGGUCUCAGAACAGUACGGCUGAAGAUACCGCUGUAGGGAAACUGUACACCCCGGGCUUCUCCGCUCUUGAGGACAACAGCACUUCUGCUACUGUAGUAGGUGUGGUGAACGGUAUGGAUCCCCCUGACCAAAGCUUCCCAGUUUGUGAGCGCAUUACAGCAGCUAAUGUGGAUUCUAAGCUCCCCGAGGAACAGCCUGUCUCUGAAGAGUCUUUGCGUGAGUCUCUCAAGAAAGAAUUGGAGUUUUGUUUCUCCAGGGAAAACUUAUCAAAGGAUCUUUACCUAAUAUCUCAAAUGGACAGUGACCAGUUCGUCCCCAUUUGGACUAUUGCCAGCAUGGAAGGAAUCAAGGUCCUUACAACUGAUAUGGACCUCAUUUUGGAUGUCCUGAAAUCAUCUCCUAUGGUUCAAGUUGACGAAAAAGGGGAAAAAGUGCGGCCAAAUCACAAGCGUUGCAUCAUCAUUCUGCGAGAAGUCCCUGAAACAACACCUGUUGAGGAAGUGGAAGCCUUGUUUAAGAAUGACAACUGUCCAAAAGUAAUAAGCGUGGAGUUUGCACACAACAACAACUGGUACAUUACAUUCCAAUCGGAUACAGAUGCUCAACAGGCAUACAGAUAUUUAAGGGAAGAAGUCAAGACAUUUCAGGGAAAACCAAUCAUGGCCAGAAUAAAAGCCAUCAACACAUUCUUUGCGAAGAAUGGCUACCGCAGCCUGGACUGCAGUGUGUAUCCUCAGCAAUCACACACUCCACCCCAGUACAACUCUCCGCUGUUCAUGCAGCCUGUUUACAGCCCUCAGCAGCAGUACCCACUCUACGGCAUUGUACCGCCUACUUGGACGCCGUCUCCUACUCCAUACUUUGAGACUCCCCUGGCACCUUUCCCUAACAGUGGUUUCAAUGGAUUUAGCUCACCUGGACACUACAAAUCUGGCUCAAAUUCCCUCAACCUUAGCCGUCCCUUCAGCAGGAACCGUGUUCCACUCUAUUCCAGAAAGAAUGUAAUAAAUGCCUUCAGGAACCAUGUGAAGCCUCAGACGAGGACUAACGAUGGACUGUCUUCCACUGUGUCCCCGGUGGCUCUGGUGGAUGGACUGUCUGGCCUGCACAGUCCCCAGCCUCCCUCCAGCGCUGGACCCGUGCUGUCAUCCGCUGACCUCAACUCCUCUUUUCCACAUCUAGCUUCCAAUGAGCCAACCGAUGAUGGCACCAUGGCGGGACGAGGAAGGAGAACGACAUACAGAGGCACUCGAAGGCGGCGAGAUGAUGACCGCACAACAAGACCAAUUCCUCUCUCUCAAGUGAAGGUACCGCCCCCUAAGUUUGACCUGGCUGCCUCCAACUUCCCUCCGCUGCCAGGCUGCUCUGCCAGUCCGCAGGGGGAGCCUGUGCUGGAGAACCGCCUCUCCGAUGUUGUACGGGGCCUGAACAGGGAAAAGCAGCAGGAUUCAAACAAAGAGUCCACUGUGAGUCCCACAGGCCCAUCCUCAGAGGAGACCGUCUCCAAGCCCAUCCAACCUGUAGCCAAGAUGAAUGCUCACGUCCCUGAUACCGUCACCCCCAGCUCCAACCACCUGGAGAAGAAACCGGAGAAGGUGGAGCCUCCAGUCUAUAAAGAGCCGCCUGUGACCUCUGCCCCCAUCGCAGCCGUUCAGCCCGCCCCUGCCCCAACAGCACCUGGUCCUAAGCUUCAGCCCAGCUCCGCCCUGCCUGCAGCCCCCCAAUCUAACACUGCCCCCUCCAGUACCCCGGCGCUGGAACCUCGCAAGCUCAGUUACGCUGAAGUAUGUCAGCGACCACCUAAAGAUCCCCCUCCUCCAGCAUCCUCUUCCAGCCCCAACAAUGCAAGCGCACAGCCUCUGAGAGAGCUGCGUGUCAACAAGGUGGAGGAGCAGGCCUCCAGUCCCGCAAGCAAACAGGAACGGCCUCAGGAAUCGGGGGGAAACUGCAAGGCCAGGGAGGGCCGGCCGGCCCGUGACUCCCAGAGCUUCUCGCGCAGCAACGGACCCCCCAGAAGCAGUACAGGGGGGUUCAAGCUGCGAGAGCAGCAGAGACGCCCUCCCUUCAGCCAUCGCGGUUCCCCCCAGGGAGGUUCCAGACACACUGGAAAAGAGCAGAACAUCCCACCCAUAUCGCCAAAGUAAAGACUCUCAACAGAAAUCCUUAAUGUAUGAAUAUUUACACACACACACACAUAUAUAUAAGAUAUAUAUGUAAAUAUAUAUAAAUAUAUAUAUAUAAAGAGAUGAAAUAUGAUAUAAAGUCAAAAUUUAAAAAGGUAUUCACCUCUCCUGCCUGGAGCGCUUCCAGAGGAAAAGUCUCAUGAAGUGACAAUGCACAGACUGGGGUUUCCAGGCAAACGGGCAUCAGAAAUUGGAAGCAUUUGUUGCUUGCUGAAGGACACCAUCAAAUAGGAAAAAUAAGAAAAAACAAAACAUUUCAUGCUUCUAACUUGACAAUGUCCCUUCAGAAUGUAAAUCCAUGUGAGUUUUUUGUUUGGUUUUUGAGUACGGCCUCUCUUAGCUCUAUUAGGGAGAGGUGGAGAAAGCGGGCGGUCUGAUGGCCCUAAUGGUGGUCUGCAAAGAGCAUAUGCACUAAGAAAAGGAACAUGCAUAAACGAUGUCAUGUACCUAUACAAAGAUAUCACUUUGACAUGCAAUGAUUCAUCUUUUUUUUUCUUUUCUUUGCGUUUGGGUUGCUUCAUUUGCAGUCACGGCACACUGGGCGCUCGACUCCCGGAGUGGUUUGACCAUGUAAAUGAACCUUUUGUGUGGAAGGAUGUGGUUUGCUGUAGAGUUGACUCAUCGGGGAACUAGUUCCCAUGUAGAAUACGCGACGCGUGCUUGAGAGUGGAAUAUUUCGCUAAGUAUCUUUAGGGCUGAUUUUGGUCUGGAGUUUUGCAUUAGUUUGUGUGACAUACUGUAGCUCGUGAUUAAUCUGUAACGGGCGCUCGGAUUUACUUACGAUCAAUUAUGGAGCCUUGUUAAUGAUUCAAAUAUAUAGCCUACUGUCAUGAAGUCAAAGCCUGCCAAUUAUGAUGCUGUUAUGUCACUGAUUUGCUGAUGGGUGAUUUCUCUUUUCUUUUUUUUUCUUUCUUUUUUAAUUUUUCUGUGUGAUUUUUGUCAUUGUUUUUGUAGUUAGUUUGAGUAACCAACAGCCUGUGAAUUAUAACUGUAACAGUCAGGUACAUAGGCACUCAUCAACUUUGUGUCAUCUCAGAUUUGUCCACUAUUUUUUUUGUUUGUUUAUUAUGUGCAUUCUUCUUCCUGGGCUGAUUCUGAGCAUGCUCAAAAUAUCCUGAUAAUCAGUCAGGCUCUUGACUGUGUUUACAACAAGAUGGUGGAGGUUUGGGCAAACACAAGGCAGUGUCAAGAAUUACGAUCGCUUUGUAGAUCGGUUCUUAUUUCGAGGGUUUCUUUUAAUAAUCAAUACGUUCGGGGUUGGAUGGAGCUGUUGGUCAUGAUGCUAUGUAGGUUAAGCAGAUCUACGGUUUAGUUUCUAUCUAUAACUGUUGAAAUGAUAAGACAUGCUUGCCACUGUUAUAUGAAAUCAGUCGUUUUUUUAAUUAAUCGUCACCACUUUUUGCAUUUCACUGGAAGAAAUCAUGAAUUUUCCAGUCAUUCGGAAACUAAUUUGUGCAAAUUUAAUGCCCAGAGUGGGUUUUCUGACUCAGGGUGACAUAUUUCAUCUCAUUCCAGUCACUUCAAUCUGUUUCUGAUCUCACAUUUUACAUCGACUUCCAAUUUGGCAAAGCUUAAAUGCUGUCUUCACCAGACUCUGAUUAUUUCAUGCUGUUUUAUAGAUGACAGAGAUCAAAUUCAAAGGAGAAUUGAAUGUUAUAUGUUUGGUAUCCCCUGAAUGUGUCCUCCAUUAAUUGUAAUUCAACCUCCUAAUUUAAAAUUGGACAUUUUUCCCCUGUGAGCGUUUUGACUGUUGGAUGAUAAAUGGCAAUAUCUGUGCAAAAUCCUCUCGUGAAGAUCGCAGCAAGGUUUCUUAUAGCUUUGCCAUGGUAAUGUGAGUAUCGUCAUUGCUACGCCAAUGCCAGCGUGUGUGUUUAUUUUGAUAGGAUGGCAUGUGUGUGGGUAAUUAGAAAUUGGAAGUUGCUUUUGUAGAUGGUACCUGAUAGGGACUAAAGUGGGGAAUAUAAAUAGCAGGGAUGCGUUCACUACAAAAAAAAAGAUGAGAAAAAAACUGCUGUGGUGAAUUGGUGCUGUUAUUUGAACGUUUAAUCAAGAGGAUUCAGUAUUGCUGUUCAAUUCAUUGUAAAGUAUUGCUUUUUAAAAAUCAAUUUUUAAUUUAUUUUAAUUUUGCUGCAUAUAUUAAAGCACCCCCCCCCAUACCCCCACGUCCCUUGUAAGUUUGUUAUCAUGACUAUGUACAAAAGGACAUUGGGAGAAUCACAGAUUUAACAUAUUUGUAUAUUUUUUUGAGAUUUCAGCAGAGAAAAUACUUGAUGCAUUUACUAGAGGCUUAGUAAUGCGGUAAAUAACAAAUCACUGGGGCUUUUUUUUCUUGUUUUCAUUAAUGAAUAUGAGCAGCUAGUGGUUUAGGAUAAUGAAAUGCACUAACUUGUUAAACAAAUCUUAUUAUGUAAUGUGAAAUUAUACUAGGAGCAUAAGGUAAUGAUAUUGAUGUUGACAGGCUUGCAAAAUUAUUCAGAAAAUAGCAAAUUUCUCUUUAAUGUUUGGGUUAUUACUGUUAAUUGAUUUAGGGGUUGGUGUGGCAAAGGGAAGAAUUAUAUAACAAUGGAUUGAAGUGAGACACUAAAUUCUAGCUGUCUGCAUAAAAUGUCACAAAAAGAAAAUAAAUUAUUUUGUUUUGGCCUUA